AGCGUGCCAAUAUCCUGAAAGAAGUCCAGAUUAUGCGCCAGCUAGAUCACCCAAAUAUCGUCAAACUGGUCCAGUUUUCCGAGUCGCGCCAAUAUUACUACAUCGUGCUGGAACUCUGCCCUGGUGGCGAAUUGUUCCAUCAGAUCGUGCGAUUGACCUACUUCAGCGAAGACCUUAGUCGCCACGUCAUUCUUCAAGUUGCCAAGGCCAUUGAGUAUCUUCAUGAGACAUCCGGUGUCGUGCAUCGUGACAUCAAACCCGAAAACCUUCUCUUCUACCCCAUCGACUUCAUCCCGAGCAAAAACCCCAAACCUCGUCAACCUGGGGACGAGGACAAGGUCGAUGAAGGCGAAUUUAUUCCCGGAAAAGGCGCCGGCGGCAUUGGUGUGAUUAAGAUCGCCGAUUUUGGUCUGUCCAAGGUCAUCUGGGACAGCCAAACUAUGACGCCCUGUGGAACCGUCGGCUACACCGCGCCCGAGAUUGUCAAGGAUGAGAGAUACUCGAAGAGUGUUGAUAUGUGGGCCCUGGGCUGUGUUCUCUACACUCUCCUCUGUGGCUUCCCGCCUUUCUAUGACGAGAGCAUCCAAGUUCUCACCGAGAAGGUCGCGCGUGGCCAAUAUACUUUCCUGUCGCCGUGGUGGGAUGAUAUCUCCAAGUCGGCGCAGGAUUUGAUCUCCCAUCUGUUGACGGUUGAUCCGGAGAAGCGGUACACGAUCAAGCAAUUUUUGGAGCACCCGUGGAUUCGUCAGACCGACGAAGCAACUGAAGCAGCUGCAGAUGCUCCGCCUCUGGCAACCCCGCUAACUACCCGCAAGACACAACAACUGGACGCCUUCGCGGCCGAUCAAGCGCCCUAUGCCCCGGCCAGCGCCCGUCUCAUGGACCCAGCUUCUGCCGGUCUCGAGCGCCCCAUGGACUUCCGCUCUCCUGGAGCGAUCAAUUUGCGCGAGGUCUUCGACGUGGGUUAUGCUGUUCACCGGCAGGAAGAGGAAGGCAAGCGGCGCAAGAACUUCCGCCAAGGGUAUCGUGGUGCGAACCCGUCUACAGCAUUCCAGUCAGCGCUUAAUCCGUUGAACGAAGACUACGACGAGGCUGAAGAGAUUACCUACCAACCUCUUCCUCGGGAUGAUUUCCCUCCGGCUAAGAUUCCCAAAGCCUCCCAGCAAGCCAGUGAUGUAGCGGCUAUGGAAGCAAAACUCCGAUCGACGAACCUGGGAGCGCCCAGCCACGCCGCGCAAGCGCGCCAAGCGCACCAGCCUCGACAGCAGCAAGGAUACGGCCAGCACAGCGCCAAGGUGGCAGCCGCUGCGAAGCAGAGCAUUGCGCGGGGUGCGCGGGAGCCCUUCGAGCUGAGUCUCGACAACGCCACAUUAUUAGAAAAGAGAGGUCGACGACAACAGGGCCAGGUUGCUUAAGCCUCUCUCUUUCCCAAACCAUCUCUCUCCAUCUCCCAAGAUCCACAACACUACCUGACGACUCGAGAGCCACAGGCUACGAACUCCCCUUGCUUAUGAGUUUCUUGAUCUGAUGACCUAACCCUUAUUCCCCCUUCCCCUUAUUCGAACGUUGGACAGGAUCCCGGGUGGCUACACACGAACUCGAUCGGUCGCAUUUAUUCUGGGUGUUUCUUUUAUCGUUGCUACUUUCUUCUUCUCUUACCUCUUCCUUUCAUGGCUGGUAAUCCUUUUUUUUUUCUUUCUUUU